AUGUCGAUAGCUCCGCUCAUCACCUUCAAAGCAGGUAUCUGCGACUUGGAUACCUCCACCUCUCCUCCCGCCGUGAAGCCGAAACCCACUCCGGGUUACCUCUACCUCUACUCCGAAGAUGAUCUUAUUCACUUCUGCUGGCGCUCACGCAACGCUUCACUCGAUGAGCCCGAGCUCGACCUGGUGAUGAUUCCUUCAGAUGGCAGCUUUACCCCUUACAAACCAUCCGGCGGGAACGCCACGAAUGGCCGGAUCUUCGUCUUGAAGUUCUCAUCCAGUUCCCAGAGAUACCUGUUCUGGAUGCAAUCGCGAUCCCAGCACGAGAAUGGUGACCCAAGCUGGUUCAGCCCUCGCGACUUGAAGCUUGGAGAGAUCGUCGAUGUCUUCCUGCAGGGCGAGGAGGUUGAUGUGGAGCAUGAGAUCGCCAAUCUUCCCAGCCGACCCUCCGGCGGUGACGAUGACGAGACUAUGGAAGACGUGGAAGGCACUGAACACGAUCCUAACCGUUAUAGCACAGGCAGCGGCGGUGCUGGCCCCGGAGCGACGGGCGGCGACGUUCGUGAGGAGGGACAGGAAUCGCGAGAGGGUGGUGCCGACGGUGGACGAGCGGCAACUACCGGAGAUAGUUCAGCGUCGGUUGUCCAGGACUUUUUGAAGUCUUUAGGCAGCGGCCAAAGCCAGUCCCAAGAUCCCGAACGACCAUCUACGACACUCCAAGACCUACUUCCACCCUCGACCACGCUGCAAUUUAUCGAUUCUGUUGAUACCACUACUGCCGAUCAUCUACUGAGCUUCCUGCCGCCCGCGCUGCUUUUGCUGGCCCAAGGCAAUGCCGAGGAGGCUUCGGAAGCUGACACGGAUCCCGAACUCGCCCAGGCCGCUCUCCUGUCCCUCGACCUCUCUCAGAAGAAAGAUAUUCUCCGAAAAGUGCUUCGUUCUCCUCAGUUCAUGCAAAGCUUGGCUAGUCUCACUGUUGCCCUCCGUGACGGCGGGCUUCCGAGUAUUAGUGAGGCUUUGCAGAUCCCCGUGGCUAAUGGAGGAUUUAUGCGGAGAGGUGGAGUACCCCUUGGUGGUGGCGAUGCGGUAGAUGCGUUCCUGGAUGGCGUUCGGCGACACGUUAAAGAAGAGGAUUCCGAGAUGGACACCGAUUGA